UAGGAGGGGCUUGUUACAAAACAUUUCAGCAUGUGGCGCCAAUUACUCGUAAGACUUUAGAGUCAAAUACCGGCUGAAAGUUGUGGAGUUAACACCAAGGAAUACUAAGAAAAGGGUAAAAGCGUCGUUUUUUGGACUUUAGUGAAAUGCCGACCACCAGAGAGAAACAAGAAGAGGUUGAGGUUGUUGUUCAGGAGAUGACCCCACAGGUGGAGGGUCCUGUCCGUCGGUCAUCUCGACGGACCCUGGUCCCUAAACGCCUCAGAUACUCUCCUGAAGAAACACCAGAGGAACCAACCAUUAAACAACAGAGACAAGAAAAACACAAUAAAAUAAAGAACCAGAAGAAGAAGGUCGACUUAAAAGAGCAGGAUCCCUCAGAUAUUGAAAAUAGUGAUGGGGCACAAACAUCUGAAGAGUAUGGAGGACUUUCAGCGUAUGAACUGGAGCGCCUGGAGAACAUCAGGCAGAACAAAGCAUUCCUCUCAACUCUCGACAUAUUCCAGGCAUCUGAGGAGUUGAAAUGGUCGUCAAAGCCAAAGCCAUCACAGAGGGGUCUCAUGAGGUCACAGGCUGCUCAAAGUGAAUCACUACCAGCUCGUCGAUCACUGCGUCUCCAAAAUAAAGAGGCUGAGGUCCUCACACUUCCCCCUGAACCCAAAGGAACGCUGACCUAUGAACAGCCACUCAAGAAGCCUCCUGGUCCUCUUCCCAUGAUUCCAGUCAACCUGGAUGAAGGAAGCAAACUGCCCUCACAGCUUGUUGAGCUCUGUUCUGAGAGCUCAACAGAACAAGUUAAGGCAAAGCUUCAUCUGAAAGAGUAUCGUUCUGCACUUUCACACAUGAAGAUCACACCAGGCAGAGUGGCCAAAGUGGUGAAAGAUCGCAUCUUUUCAGCUGCCUUCCAUCCAUGCACCAGCAGCCUGUUCAUGGCAGCAGGAGACAAGUGGGGGCGGGUGGGACUCUGGAGUGUGGAGAGUGACUGGGGGCAUGAUGGUGUCCUGCUCUUUGAGCCCCACACCCGUCCUGUGGGCUGCAUGGCCUUUUCCACAGCUCAACCCACUCACCUACUGAGCCUGAGCUAUGAUGGAUCUCUGCGCUGCAUGGAUGUAGAGAAGGCUGUCUUCAACGAUGUCUACGACACUGCAGAUGGCCUAAAAACUUUUAGUUUCAUGUCAGAUGACUGUUUGAGCCUGUUGGUCGGGAACUGGUACGGAGAAGUUGCCGUUGUCGACAGGCGAACCCCAGGAAACACCCAUGAGUCUCUUCAUACACUGGACCAGGUUCUACGUUGUGUCAGUGUCCACCCUUUACAGAAGCAGUACUUCGCUGUGGCAGAGCGCAAGACAGUGAGUAUUUACGACAGCCGAUAUCUGAAGAGGAACAUCCAGCCGGUUUCCCAGCUGCGUGGCCACUCUUUAAGCAUAUCCAGCGCUUACUUCUCCCCUUGUACAGGAAACAGAGUUCUCACCUCCUGUAUGGAUGGCAACAUAAGGAUAUAUGACACAUCUGCGCUAACCUCUGAAGCUCCUUUACUCACGGCCAUAAGGCAUAACAUGAACACCGGCCGUUGGUUGACCAAACUGUCAGCGAUGUGGGAUCCAAAACAGGAGGACUGCUUCGUGGUGGGGAGCAUGGCGUUGCCUCGGUGUGUGCAGGUGUUCCAUGAGAACGGCCAGCUCCAGCACACCUUUAAAGAUGAUGAGAACCUGACCACAGUGCUGUCAGUCACAGCCUUCCACCCCACAAGGAACGCCUUACUGGGAGGCAACGCAUCUGGCCGUUUGCAUGCGUUUUCUGACUAGAAUGAAAACCUGUGACCAAGUGUCCUCCAGCAGAGUAGGAAGCACAAAUAAAUAAAAGGUGUUACCACAGGAGAUACAGCCUAAACGGGUAGAUGUAUCACACUGAAGGGAAAAUAUAAAGUGUCGUCAUCGCUAAGUUAGGUUUGGUUUGCAAUGAAUUCAUUUUGUUAAAAUUGAAGUUUCAGAACAAAGCAUAUGCAUACACAACUAAUGGCAUUUAAUAUAAACCUUUAUGUAGAUCAGUCUGCUGACAUGUUUCAUGUCUUAUAUUAACUUACUAUAUGUUAACUCCUUCUGUUCUGUUCUGCUGUUCAACACUGAGUUACCUCAGGUUUAAACAUUGUGCAGACGCUUAAAGUAGAAAAUAUUUGAUACUUAAAUAUUUCCAUUCCAGGUGGGGAGUUGGAGUCGUGUAAGCCUUUUCUUAAAUAUGUUUUCUUAUUUGUAAAGUUCUUCUUACAUGUUCAUUUAUUUUUUUUCUACAUUUUAUUUGUGGUGGGUAAAUCAAUUUAAAUAAAUGUUCUUGUAUUUUUAUACAACUUUUCUUUAGUAUGCUUUCUCUCUGAGCCACCUUAAGAUGGCAGUAUAGUACCAUAAAAGCAGCAUUAGCUUUUUUUUUUUUUUUUUUGACAAUUCUUUGUGAAUUGAGUUCGACCUGUGUACAGACCAACUGCCAGAUGUUAAGAAUAUAUUAUAUUUAUUCAUAAAUAGAUUACACCAGUCAUCAGUCAGUGAUUGGAUAAGCAAUCCUGUUUGGAGGUAAUAAAAUGCAGAACACAUGCUUACAGAGACAUUUUCAUGUGCAGGGCCAUAGUACAGGAGGAAGCUUACAGACAGACCAUAUCAGAGGCUUAUUCCUGUGCACAGAAUUCAGGAAAAAUGAAUACAAGAGUUGUCUCUAUGAUCUGGGAUAACCUCUUGUCAUUUUACCAACUUGAGUGAAAACAUGUUUGAAAAACAGGAACAAACAAAAACAUCCAUAUUUUAAAACCUGUAUUGCACAGCAAAUUUGUCCAGUAGAUGAAUAUGCUACUUCUGCUGUUUUAAAUGUGUUUCAAAGUCAAGUAUAAAUGAGUUUCCUGUCUUCAUCAAGAUGUACCUACUUUGCCGGAACAUUCAAAAGAACUUGACAUCUCAUCUCUCAUAAAAUACAUCUAGACACAGCUGUAGGCAACCAAAGAGGAUUAACAUUUAAACCAUAUUUUUUUUAUAUUGAUGUAUUGAAGACGAGUAGCAACACUUAAUGUUAAUCGGUGACGGUGCCCAUCAUUGCUUUGACACAUGCAUCUACAAGCUGCUUAUUACCUUCUGAGAGGAAUUCAACACAUUUUGCAUUUCUAUCAAAUGGAAACAAAACUAAGCCUGGGUGUUAGUAUUUACUAGUCUUCAUUAAGCUUUCAGCAAUAGUUAUUGUUCAAAUUACAUUGUAGAUUUUCAUUGAUAAACUAUAAAAUAAGGUGAAGUAAGGAUUUUCUGCCUCAACUGGACAUAUAAUUUUUUUUUCCUUCAAGACAUCACCCUAUUUUACCUGAUACAUUAAUCAGAAACCACGAAGCACCAUCUGAAUUACAGCAAAACAUGUUAGUGUUUUGAUCACAUCUGAAACCCAACCACAACAUUAGGAAUUUAAAUACUGCAUGUCAUUCAGUAACUUAUGUAAAUAAGACAAUUAAAGAGAUUGGGAAUUGUUGAUCAUUUUGCAGUUUUCUUAAUCUUAAAAGAACUGUUCAAAAAACACUUAAAGCUUGUUAUUAAAGAUUCACUAAUCAUUUAUGUCUACAGGGACUGAAAUAUCAACAGCAUCUUUGCAAAAUACUUUUAGAUGUCUGGAUGUAACACGAUUGAAACUGCAAAUCUGCAUAAACAAUAGCCUUCAGAUAUGAUUGUGUGCACCUGCUGAUCAGUUGGACACAUUGUCAUUGGAUUCAUGCUGCAGAUUGGGCUGCAGAUGCACUGUAGGCUAACCUGUGAAACAUCACACACUAUGGCUCAAAGACAGACACCAACUAUCAGUCUCUGUUGUCACAUAUGGAUGUUCUGACAGAAACAGCAGACAGAGGAUUCUUUGGUAGGUGUGAUGAUGAAGUAGGAUGUAAACAUGACUUGUCUUAGGCUAAAUUCUCCUGUAGGCGAGUGGACGGCUGGAAACUAUGCUUUGUAAAAAAUAAUGUUUCAAGUUCAUUACGAGUCACUGUGAGGAAAUCUCAACGUGUUAAAGUGGUUUGUACUCAAAUGGAGCUUUCAGUAUAUUCACCCUUUACAGAUAAAGCACAGCAGAAAUAUGUAAAGAUAAAUGACCUUCACUCAGUGUGGCUUUCAUGUGAAUGAGCUCUCCUACUGUGGGACAAUUGCACAAUUUUUUUCACUUUACAAAAGGUAAAACCAUGUGGAAAAGAUCCUGGUUUUGUAUAUUAACAGUAUUGCACAUCAAGAUAAACUCCCACAGAGUGGAGUCACAGAGCAAACCAACACUAUUCACUAUUACUAGUCCCAUCACCUUCACAACUAGUUUGUAAUACUGUAAAAAUAACUACAGCAGAGUGACUUAUACACAGAAGUUGAUUGUGGUUAUUAGCAUUAUUUAGCUGCUACUUUAUAAAUCAGUAAAUCUACCACCUCCAUUACUUAUUUAUAUCCUUACAAAAGCUUAGUUUCUAAUCAUUAGAUGACUGAACUUUAUUGACACUCUAGGGUCCAGAUAAAAAUGGCAAACGAAUGUGAAAACACUGUUAAUGGAUGUUUAAGGUCUGACUACAGCUACUGUUUUCAGACCAUAGAUUGUAUGUAAAACACGUGAGGUUGUGUACCACAUCAGGACAAAUCUGAAAAUAUCUGGUUUCCAAAUGUCAA